CAAAGUCCACCUGCACCGACUCGCACUACAAACCCUGAGGUGCACGUCUGCAGAAGUUUACACGUCCCAGCGCUCCACAGCAGGUAGAAUGGAACAAGUCAAUGAGUACCUUUGCAAAUAUAAAGGCUUCAUUUUUGCAGCUGGAAUGACGACAGCAGAACACAUCGAUUCUCUUCAGACCUUCCAAAUACGAGACAGCGACGUUUUUUUGGUGACGUACCCAAAGUCAGGUACAAUAUGGACUCAGAACAUCAUCACGCUAAUCUGUGAGUCAGAUUACAAGCAGGGCAACGAAUUUCCCAACAGUUAUGAGACAAUGCCAUGGCUCGAGUUUCCUAAGGGUCACUCUGAUUAUUCUUCACGACCGUCUCCUCGCCUCUUUGUUUCUCACCUCACGCCCAGGCUCAUGCCUCCCGGCCUGAAGGACAAAAAGGCUAAAAUUGUGUAUGUGAUGAGGAACCCUAAAGACAACGUGGUGUCUUAUUUCCAUUUCUGCCACGCAUGGUCCGGGCUGGAGACCCCUAAGAGCUUUGAGGAGUUUCUGCAGCAGUAUCUGGCUGGAGAUGUUGGUGGAUCGUCGUGGUUCGAUCACGUCCGUGAGUGGCACACACACCGGGACGAGUACAGCAUCCUGUUCCUGAAAUAUGAAGACAUGAUCAUGGAUCUGAGGUCAGCUGUGGAGAAGAUCAGCAGGUUCUUGGGGCGAGAUCUGAGUGAAGAUGCUCUGCAUCGUGUUGUGGAGAAAGCAACCUUCAAGAACAUGAAGAAGGACCCAAAAGCAAACUACGAGUUUCUUCCAGAAGAUCUUCUAACGAAGGGCCAGUUCAUGCGCAAAGGGAUAUUUGGAGACUGGAAGAACACCUUCACCGUGGCCCAGAACGAGAUGUUUGACCAGAUCUAUCAGGAGAGGAUGAAGGAUCUGCCAUUUCAAUUCACAUGGGAAUAAAAACAAUGAGAACAGAACCACAACAAUGAUCACCUCCCAUGAGAAUAUGAAUUUACUGAAGCAGCAACAAAAUGACAAAAUCACACCAGCAAUUAUCAGGGAAUAUUUGUGCAUAUGGCUGUGAGCUGUGAGCGAGUUCGCAAACUGAGAUCCUGCCAAAACAAAACAUUUCCUUCAUCACCAUCAACCUGCAAAGCUGCUAUUCAUUCAUGCCUUCCAGGAUUACAACACCAAAUCAAUUAGCAUUUACUUCUCUGGCUGACGCUUUUAUCACUAAUAAAAUCCAAUCACUGAGCUGUUUUUCACCACACAAGCGCUAGAUGAAGUGUCACUCCUUACAAAGCAAUUCAAAUUGAAAUAAAAAUUCUUUCUGUGUUCAAAAUAUAAACAAAAUCACGUGAUUGUGGUGUUGCUGUAAUAUUCACUUGAGUUAGAAUGAAUACUGUUGAUUAUUUAAUUAUUCUGAUUAGUUGAUUACUAAAGAACAACACAUCCAUUCUUUUUAUCCAUUUAUAGUUGCAUUUAAUGUUAAUGAAACAAGUUAGUUCCUGUUGACACUUACGUUAUAGCAGCUAUAAACAGUUGUUUCCUCACCAGCUUCUCUUUAUUCUCUCUCUUGAAGGUAAUAAGACAAAAAAGCUUGUCAUGUUACCGAGAAACAGCAAAGAAGCGUAAACUCCUCUGUCCUGAAGAUGUCGGAAACCUUAAAGUUACAGCUUUACCUCUCAAAGGAUUCAAAGGAUUUAUUUAUCAAGUACACAGUUACAUACAGGGUACAACACGUAGUGAAAUACAGAGCGGUUAACAUCGGGACUGUGCAAGUACGCAAAGAGUAAUAGAGGGUAAUAAAAAAUAUAAAUAUAAUAAAAAUGUAUAUGGUAUGUAUAUAAAUAAGUAAACGAGUGAUCCUUGGUGAUCUCUGGUGCACGCUGAGGUAUUUGAAGCUGGUCUCUCUUCCAUGUUGAUGAUUAGUGGGGUGUAGUUUCCUGUCUGUACUUCCUAAAAUCCACCACCAUCUUCUUGGUCUUACUGACAUUCAGUGUAAGGUUAUUAGCCAGGCAGCACUGAGCUAGAUCAUCCACCUGCUUUAGGUAGGCCUGCUCAUGAUCAGAUCAAUCACCACUGUGUCUUCAGCAAACUGCAGCUGUUGGUGGCCACAGAGUGGUUGGUGUAGAUGGAAAAUAGUGGGUCUCAAUGUCCAGGGUGAGUGUACUGGAUGUGUCGGGUGUGCAGUCUCCCACCUCAAACACCUGAGGUUAUCUGGGGAAGAAGCUGAGAACCCAUUUGCAGAGCGAGCACAGGAUUUCAGAACGCAGCUGGAGAUACCGUCAGUGCCGGCAGCCUUCCUGCCAUUUACCUGCUUCAGAAACUUUCUCACGUCGUGCUCUGAGAUGGAUAGCGUGAGCUCUUCACUGAUAGCACUGCUAUCAAACAAACGAUAACGUAUUAGAACGAGUUCAUUAAUAUAAACCUGUGAAUUGCAGCUGCACUACUGUCAGAGCUGCUGUUAUAGAAAACUAAUCAACACCUUCUGACCAAUCACAGUCCAGAACUCAGCAGCGGUGUUAGAUGAAGAGAAAAUAAUUCCCUUGUUUGUGGAACGGAACAGGAAUUUAUAAGGCUGGGAUUUAAAGGUUUGGGUUUGUGUCCGCACUGAGGUGCUCUAAGCAGAUGGUAAUGUAAGCUCAGGCUCGUACUCAAGUGUGUUGAAAAUCACACAGCGUUGAUGGAUUCUGAAUGUUUUCCCUCGUGGCUUACGUCUGACACGCAACAGAACAAUCAGUGUUAUAAAAUUUCAGUAGACUGAUACACAAUAAUCGGUGACAUCAUCAGGUACCAACAAAACAGAGCACACAAGCAUCGAAGUGUCUCAGAGCUGUGUGUGCAGAGAUAAUUAAUAACAGUGCCAGUGUGAUUCAUCAUGUUCUUCAGUGGAGUUUACUGCAGUUUUUACAUUCUCUAUUUCAGGACAUAUGGCUAACACCACACUGAACUAAUAGAGGAGAGGAUUAUGAUCCUCAAUGCCACAAGAGUUUAUUCGUCCUCGUUAUAUUUUGAGAUGCUUAAAUUAGCUUAAGCUCAUGCAUUGUGAACAGUGAGGAUGAAAAACAUGUUGCGUCUUUUGUACGUCAGUGCUCUGAUGGUGUGCUCCGUCAUGGUUCUGUGUCUUUUAUAAAACUUUUAC